CAAAAAAACGUUUCUUGAUUUGUUGCACUUUUUUUUGGCCUCUUAUUUCACAAAUUUGGGCAACACAAAUCUGCCAGGACCUUCGUGCCAGCCGAAAAUCGCGAUUUUGUCGCCCGUCGAAACAAAACAAUCUUCGAACGCUUCGAACCCCGCUCCGUGUGUGUUUUCUAGUGCGCGUUCGCGAAAAACCCCUGGCAGCUAAACGAUGGCCGUAAUUGCUGCGGAUCUCAAGUUUCUGCUAGCCUGCCGUGGCACGUUUGGCCAGAUCAGAAACAUUCACCUCGCGGCUGCCAAUAAUGCUGCAGCUAAGAAAGUUAAAAAGUUCCAGAUUUACCGCUGGAAUCCGGAUCAGCCCGAACAGAAACCGUACAAUCAGACGUAUGAGGUCGACCUGAGUGCUUGCGGGCCGAUGGUGCUAGAUGCGUUGAUUAAGAUCAAGAACGAGAUGGACCCAACGCUGACGUUCCGACGAUCGUGCCGUGAAGGCAUCUGCGGUUCCUGUGCCAUGAACAUCGGUGGCACCAAUACGCUGGCCUGUAUCAGCAAAAUCGAUGCAGACAACUUGGAUAAACCGACCAAGAUCUACCCUCUACCGCAUAUGUACGUGGUAAAGGAUUUGGUACCGGACAUGAACAACUUUUACAACCAAUACCGUUCGAUUCAGCCUUGGUUACAGCGCAAGAACGAAAGCUCCGAAAAGAAGGGUGAUGCCCAGUACCUUCAGUCGGUGGACGAUCGCGCCAAGCUGGACGGUCUGUAUGAAUGCAUUCUGUGUGCGUGUUGUUCCACGUCCUGUCCGUCCUACUGGUGGAACGGUGAUAAGUACCUUGGACCAGCGGUGCUGAUGCAGGCCUACCGUUGGAUUAUCGAUUCGCGUGACGAAAGCACUGCCGCCCGUUUGGACAAGCUAAAGGAUCCGUUCAGUGUGUACCGGUGCCAUACGAUCAUGAACUGCACCCGAACGUGUCCGAAGGGUUUGAAUCCGGGCAAAGCGAUUGCCGAAAUCAAGAAGCUACUGUCCGGUAUUGCUAAGAAGGACGCUCCCGGUCUGGAGACGGCUGCUCUGCAUAGCAAGUAAAGCAUACGGCACAGGCAAAGGACUUCCCAGUGCUAACGGUUUUAUUUGACGGCGCACAGACACACAAAAAAGAGAAUGGAUGUGGAUAAAAACUACAAGGAACUAGCGUAACGGUGUGUUGAUAGCAGAAAUGAAAGUAUUUCGAUACCAAAAAAAACAACAGCAAAAGCAACAAACUAGCAGCUUCAUCUUAAACAAAAUGUUAAAUUCAACAUUAAUCGGUUACUUAAACAAAACGACCACCGACAGCAACGGCAAGCAGCAGUAUUGCGUGUACAACAGCGCUCUCCUCUACUUGUCGGUGCAUAGAUCCUACGGUGCAAAAAUCAAACCAAAAACUACUCCUGCCCCUGUCGAACGGUUCGAUUUUAGAUUAAUUUGCAAUUAGCAAUGUAGUAGCUUUAGUUUUCGAUUCGAAAUGCAUUAUUGAGGCCCCCUCCUACACCCAGUCCUACUACCCAGGUGCGAUACCAUACGAACGCGCAAGACAUCAGAAAGAAGCAACGCGAAUAAUCUACAUCCACAUUUAUUUAUUUUCGUUCCGUAGCAAAUGGAUUUGUAAUUAUGAGGGAAUAAAGAUUAGAAGAUCUACCAAACAUUA